AUGGACGCGCUGGAACUCGCAUACGGCAUCAAACGUCUCGGACCUGCCGAAUAUAUUCUAGGCAUCCAAGUCAAACGUGGACAAGACGGCUCUAUCACGCUCUCACAAGAGCGCUACCUUCGGGACAUCCUUGCCAGGUUCCAAUUCACCGAUGCCAAGCCGGCAAGUAUUCCAAUGCAGCCAGGUGUCGUCCUUGACUUCGAGGACUUGGCGGCCACUCCUCAGGAUCGUACGCGCUACUUGCAGGCCAUCGGUUCGUUGAUGUACGCCGCAGUUGGAACUCGUCCGGACCUCGCCUUCGUGGUCAGCUACCUCGCUCGCUUCUCCCAGCAGCCUGGCCCGGAGCAUUGGACAGCCAUCAAGCAGGUCCUCCGUUACAUCAAAGGCACGCUGGACUUGGGCCUCACCUAUCGCAAGACCAGCCAACCACUCCGUGGCUACUCGGAUGCGAACUGGGGAGCCUGUCUAACGACCUCACGAUCGACCAUGGGCUACGCGUUCAUCUUGUCCGGAGCCGCUAUUGCUUGGUGCUCCAAACGCGAGCACAGGGUGGCCAAGUCCACUACCGACGCAGAGUACCUCUCUCUUUCGUACACAAGCGGUGAUGCCAUCCACCUGAGCGAACUCCUGGCUGAACUUGGCGCUCCGGUCUCCGGUCCAGUCGUACUCUACGGGGACAACCAAGGUUCGCUGGCUCUUGCGCAGCACCCGACCAACCAUCAGGGGUCUCGUCAUGUUCGCAUCUCGGAACAUUACGUCCGCGAGAGGGUAGCUGAGAAGGAGAUCGAGGUCCGCUACAUCGCCACCGGCGACAUGAUUGCCGAUAUUUUCACCAAAGCCUUGGGUCCCAAGCCGUUCAUGUUCCAUCGGGAGAAUUUGGGUUUGCGAGGUGCAGUGGUAUGACAGCACGGGGGGGUGUCAAUAUAUUGCUGUUUCAUCCCACUGGUAUUCCCGAUUAUGAUUAGUUACUAGUUGUUGAUAUUAGUCGCCCCGCGCGUCUCGAGCCUGCCUCGCGCGCGCUCCCUUAGCGCUUAUCUUCUUUCUCCAACUAUCUUUACUAUCUUCAUCGGCUCUCGUACUUACGCACUUCGUGCCUCGGCCUCAGUUCCUGAAAGUAAACGCAGUUGCAGCGGCGAACUUCUGCACGAAGAUCGACCUUCAAGGUGCUUUCCAACAAAGUCGCAUCAAGGACGAAGAUGUGAAGAAGACCGCGUUCAGCACCCCUAACGGGAUCCUGUACUCACUUGUCGCUCAACAAGGCGAUCGCAACAGCACGGUUACACUACACCGGCUCGUCUCAUUUGCUUUUGCUGGACUCAUCAAUCGCAAGAUCAAACAUUACGCCGACGACCUGUGGCCCAUCUCUAAUACCUGGGCCGAACACAAACGGGAUGUCCGCGAGACUCUCGAGCGAGCCGAAGUCCACGGCAUCCGCAUUCCUAUCUCAAAGUUCAAAUUCGCUACAGAGAUUCGCGACUCUCUGGGCAGGAAGAUUCGCCCGGGAGAAAGCUCGAUGCAGCCGGAAAAGGCGGCUGGCAUCCGAGCUACCCCAGCUCCUAAGGACAAGAAGGAUCUUCAACGUUUCCUAGGAGCGGUGGAAUAUAACCAUCGAUCAAUCCCGCACCUUGCCGAGCUAGCGGCGCCCUUGGAUGCACUGACAGGGGUGAACAGCCCCUGGAGAUGGUCCCGAGCUUGCAGCGACGCUUUUGAAAGUAUCAAGGCUGCAUUUGACGACAGUGCCAAACUCACCUGCAUUCGCUCAGACGAGCUUGCACCCGAUGGUACCUUCCCAGUCCACCUAGACACCCCUCCCGGCCGAAGGAGAAAAGGUGCCAGAGAACGAAUCCAAAGGGAAGUACCUCUUCCUCCAAUUCGACGCCUCAGGUACAGGAGUCGGCUACGUGCUAAGCAUCCACGGGCUACCACUCGCGAAAGUUCUCGCCUUUCCAAUUCAAUUACAACACCCAGAACCAAGAGCUCCAGGGCAUGUACGAAGGAUUUCAACGCUUCGAAACAAAGCUGCGAGGACGUCCAUUCAUCGUCCUCACGGACAGCCAGACUCUUGCGAAGUUCACAACACUCCCAACGCUGUCUAGAAAACAGACGCGCAUGUAUCUCUACUUCUCGGAAUUUGCAUACACGGCUGAGCACACCGCAGGCAAGGCGAACGCCAUGCCCGACAUGUUAUCGCAACCCCCUUGCGAUGCACCCACCUACCCUGACCCAUGGGCCCCGAAGUAUAUCGGGCCUUUCACCUGCCUCGGGUUUGACCCAGCCAACUCGACGUACAAGCUUGCCCGAGUCCGGAACGCUGUACAUCUCGCGGGAUCCGUAGCACGUUCCACGCAUCCCAACUCAAGGUUUUUAAACCUUCAGACGAAUCCCGAUUCCCAAACCGACUCGUUGACUCAGUCCCGGUCUACCCGAUCGACUUACCGAUGGCCAUCGCAUACGUACUCAACCAUGAACUCGUCGAGAACGAAGCAGGCGAGCUCGAAGGCACACUCGUCUACUCCGACACCCCUCAGGGACAACGAGCAGGAGCCAAAAUCGGACGUGCCUCAUUUAACGAACUCCUCGCGACGGGACUACACCUCGGUCCGGCUGUCCCUGAGGAGUACUUGGCCAAGAACAAGGUCACCACCAUCUGGGACCUCAAACCUGUCAGACGCCAGAUUCCCAUCGCCGACCCUGACUAUAACUUGACGACUGGCUCUCCAUCUUCAGAGGAAACCCAUCUCAGAAUACACCAAGAGCGAGCGCUGGCAUCACGCAAUGAACCGCGCGGGGACUGCCCAAACGAGGGGACGCAACUUCAUCAGCGACCUCGAGGAAAAGGCCGCCAAGCCAACAGGAUUACCUCCGCGAUGGAGAAGAUCCAACGAAGUCAAGCACUGCUCGUCGACUCGACCGCCCAGCCGAUCACGAUAACUGGUCGUAUGAGAUGGAGACCGUGCGGCAGGAGGCCUCCCGCACGCCGACCGGCCGCACCUACGCGACAAGUAGCGAACGCCACUCUGGAGGACCCUCCGCCCCUGAGGGAACAACUUCGCCUACAGGCGCAGCAGGCGAGUCAUCAGCGGCAGCAAACCGGCCAAGCCGAGUAUCGACGUAUUCAAGAUCAGCAAGCCUGCGUUGAACGCACUGGCAAAACAAGCCCUCAACAACUGCCGGGAUCCCCCCUCCGAGGGGCGGUGACAGUGAGCGCUGCAAGUUUCGCCGCCUUGCACCACACGCCCCAGGGCACCCCUACCCAAAGUCCAUAUAUCACUCCAGGGGAUUUGUCGAUGCCGCUCAUCGCCGGCCCCUCCAACGCCCAGGGCACCGAAGCACUUUUGGGACCAAGCCCGAACCCGCAGACGCUGGCCGGGCAGGGCUCACCGUCGGCAUCAUCGAAUUACAGGCAGGCCCCGACGCCUCCACGGGAUUAUUGAAACCCCAGGAGUAG